CUCUCCCCCUCCGGCCCCCCUGAGGGGGGCGACGACGCGGGGGUCCUGGAGAGCAUGCUGCUGUGGACCCUCCGCGAGCCCGCCACCAUCGCCCUCACGCUCAUGUACUGCGCGUCCUUCGCGCUGGGCUUCGCCGGGAACCUCAUGUCCCUGCACGUGCUGACGGGCCGCGGCAGCCGGCGGCGGCGCCUGUCCGGGGUCAGCGCCACGCGCAGCCUGCUGGUCAACCUGGCGGUGUGCGACCUGGCCGUGGUGUGCGUGUGCAUGCCCGUCACCCUGGGCAUCCAGAUCUACCGGGCGUGGGUGUACGGCGACCUGCUGUGCCGCGCCGUGCCCUUCACGCAGGCCGUGUCCGUGUCGGCCAGCGUGCUCACGCUGACGGUGAUCAGCGUGAACCGCUACUACAGCGUGCGCUCGCCGCUGCGCGCCCGCUCCCUGUUCACCCGCCGCCGCACGUGGGCCACGGUGGGCGCGGUGUGGGCGGCGUCGUCCGCCAUGUGCGCGCCGCUGGCCGUCAUGAACCGCCGCCGCGAGGUCAGCUUCGGGAGCUUCUCCAUCCUGGUGUGCCAGGAGGAGUGGCCGCAGCCCAGGCUCAAGCAGGGGUACAACGUGGUUCUGUUCGUGGCCCUCUACUGCCUGCCAGUCACGUUUAACCUCAUCAUCAGCUUCCUCACCGGCAGGCGUCUCUGGGCGGGCAGGAAGUCGACCUUCUCCGAUCUGGAUCCCCGGAGCCAAGCGCUGCACAACUCCCGCCUCAAGAUGCGCCAGAAGAUCGCCAAGAUGGUGGUGUGUCUGGUGCUGCUGUUCGCCGUGUCCUGGCUGCCCCUCUACCUGGCCGACCUCUGGAUCGACCGCGAGGAGAGGCCCCCGUCCUGGCUCCUCCAGACCCGUCCCUUCGUCCAGUGGCUGGGCCUCACCAACUCCAGCCUCAACCCCAUCUGCUACUGCUUCAUCGGUAACAUCUACCGCUCGGCCAGGGUCCUACGGACGCGCUACUGCAAGAAGGCGGCCGCCCUUUUCCCCUCGGCCUCGCUCAACCACUCCCCCGCCACGACCACCGUCGACGCCACCCUCGUCACGUCGGACCGCGGCCACGUCGCCGCGGCGGCGACGGGCGGCACGUCGUUGGCCGGCGUGCCCGGGCUGCUGGGCCUGGCUCGCGGCCGGGGACUGGGGAUCAGGCUGGGGCUCGGGCUGGGGAAGAGGAGAGGGGCGGCCGGGGACCACCGCCUCAGCGCGGACGGCAGCCGGGGGUCGGAGCCCAGCGUCUCCGACUGGUACCAGUCCAGCCCCAGCGUGUGUGGGGCGGACGGGGUGGGCUCCCCGGCCGACGGGCCCCUCCAGGGCCUCCGGUGCCCGGGGCUGUACGGCGCCUCUUCGCUGCCUGCGAGAAGACAUUCUGAGAACGGGAGAACGGAGGAGUUACCCCUGCAGGUGCAGUCUGUGGAGUACGACACAUUGCCGGAGAGGAGGCAUUCGGGGGACACAUCUGUUUGCUUAUAG